AUGAGCGCGGUGGAUCUCGAGCGGAAGUCCAAGUCGACGCAAGUCAUCCCUCAAAAUGCCAGCUGCAAGAGAAAUUCAUGCUCGUUUACCAGCUGCAGCGGUAGAUAUAUCUGUUCUCAGGAGAAAUUAACGUUUCGAAAUGGUCGAAUAGCUCGGAAUCGAUUCCUCAAGGCUGCUCUCACGGAAAGGCUGAGCUCGUGGGACCCCGUUGAUCUCAAGAUACGUGGCAUCCCACCUCAAAAGAUCAUAAACCUUUACGACAAAUGGGGUCAUGGAGGGUUUGGUAUGAUCUUAACUGGAAAUGUAUGCGUUGAUCCGAACAACCUUGAAGCCGCUGGAAAUGCGAUAUUUUGCAAAGAAAACGAUACUCCGGCUUUGAGGGCAGCUUGCAAGGAAUGGGUAACAGCGAUGAAACAAGAUGGUGCUUUAGCAGUAGUACAGUUAUCUCAUGCAGGCAGACAAACUCCUGAACUGGUCAAUCCGCAUCCAUUCUCAUGCUCGGAUGUACAGCUGACAGUCAAGAGACGUUUUAUGGGUUUUGGAAAGCCUGUUCCGUUAUCAAUUGAGCAGAUCAAAACCGAAGUCAUUGAUCGAUUUGUGUUUGCUGCCAAAUUCGCUUUUGAGUUGGGAUUCGAUGGAGUACAACUCCAUGCUGCCCAUGGAUAUCUACUUUCUCAAUUUAUGUCACCACUCACCAAUAAACGUACUGAUCAAUACGGUGGAUCAGCUGAAAAUCGAAUGCGAGUAGUUCGAGAGAUUUUCCAGGCCAUAAGAAAAGAGAUUGACCCUUCGACGGGCUUUCUGGUAGGGAUCAAAACAAAUUCCGUUGAGUUCCAGGAUAAUGGUUUGAAAGUAGACGAUGCAAAGUUGAUGUGUAAAAUGAUGGAGCACUGUGGGUUCGAUUUUGUGGAACUUUCGGGUGGAAACAUUGAACGUCUAGCAUUUCAACACAUGCGUGACUCUACCAGGCAAAGAGAAGCAUUUUUCUUGGAUUUUGCAGCACAGAUCCGACCAGUUUUUGAAAAAACCAAAGUGUAUGUGACUGGUGGAUUUCGAACUGCACCUGCUAUGGUAAAAGCCAUCACUGACGGAACUACUGAUGGGAUCGGGCUCGGAAGACCAAUCACAGCUGAACCGGAUUUACCCGCGAAAAUUCUACGAGGAGAGUGUUUUGCUGCUGCUGAUACGCAACUUGACCAAGAUGACUUUGUCAUCACAUCUACUGCCAGUAUUACGCAAAUGGAACAGAUGGGCAGGAGGUCGUAUGAAGAAGUGGAAAGUAUCUGUGACGACAUAGCUGAUCUCAGUCAUCCAGAAGAGGCCGAAAACUACAAAAAAGCUGCUGUGGAAUAUUUUGAAGAAAGGAUAUUGACUGUGGAAAGUGGACAACCCGUACAAGGCGUAUUUGACUAUGUGAACAUAUUAGCAUAAGGCAAGCGCAGUUCUUUGUAUGUGUAUUUUAUAACAUGGAUUCGAUAAAUAAGUUGCC